UCUACCUCUACCUCUUAUAACAGAGUCGCGAAUCUCUUUCGCGACAACCCUUUAGAUGCCAAACGCCUUCUUGAAUCCGUUAACGACUUACAACACGCGAUGCAGUUCGUUAUUAAAGAUAAGUCCACCUCUAAACUACUCGUUCGAGCUCAUAAUCUCAUUCAAAUUGCUAUUAAGAGACUCCAGAAAGAAUUCUACACCAUUUUAUCGGGUAGUAGCUACUUUCUUGAUCAUGAAACGGUGUCGUCAUCAAGAGCUUCAAAAUCAUCUAUGGAAGACGAAGUUUCGGAAUCUGUCAUGGCUGAUUUGAAAGCCAUUGCUGAUUGUAUGAUUGGUGCUGGUUAUGGAAGAGAAUGCGUAAAAUUGUACAAAGUUAAUCGAAAAUCAGUCAUCGAUGAGACUCUGUUUUACUUGGGGAUUGAAAAAUUGAAUUCUUACCAAGUUCAGAAAAUGGAUUGGGAAUUAAUGGAGAUGAAAAUCAAGAAUUGGUUGAGCUCUGUAAAGAUUGCUGUCAAUGCUCUGUUUCGCGGAGAACGAAUUCUCUGUGAUUAUGUAUUCUCUUCCUCUGUAAACAUUAGAGAUUCGUGUUUCUCAGAGAUUGCUAAUGAUGGUGCUCUUACUCUGUUCGUGUUCCCGGAAAUGGUGAUGAAGUUCAAGAAGUUAUCUCCGGAGAAAAUGUUUAGAGUCUUGGAUAUCUAUGAGAUUAUUUGUGAGCUCUGGGUUGAGCUCGAAUCGAUAUUCACCUUUGAUUCAAUGGCGGUAGUCAAAGCUCAGGCAAUGGCAUCACUGGGUAAGCUCGGUGAUGCCAUUAGAGCUAUGUUGUCUGCGUUUGAAACCGCCGUUCAAAAAGAUUCCUCGAAGGUGGUUCUUGGUGGUGGAAUUCACCCGUUAACUCGAUAUGUCAUGAACUUUCUUGUUUUCCUUGGUGAUUAUAGUGGCGCGAUUUCUGAUAUAGUCGUUGAUUGCUCCCCUAUGUCAAUACAAAUGUUGUCGGAGUCUUGCUACUUGAGUCCUACAUCAGGGGACGGGGACUCUCCGUCCUCCCCCAUCGUAGUACGACUCACGUGGCUCGUGCUUGUCCUUCUAUGUAAACUCGAUGGUAAAGCACAACUAUAUAAGGACGUAGGGUUGUCCUAUUUGUUCCUAGCCAACAACUUAAACUACGUCGUUUUGAAGGUUAGGGAAUCAAACUUGAAGCUCCUACUUGGAUCCGAAUGGAUUUCAAAGCACGAAAUGAAAGUGAAAGAGUACAUGUCAAAGUACGAGAGGACAGGGUGGAGCAAAGUAGUUACAUCAAUACCUGAGAAUCUUACGACUGAAAUGUCAUCCUCAGAAGUGAAGGAAUGCUUCAUCAAAUUCAACUCGAGUUUUGAGGAGGUGUAUCGAAAACAAAGUUCAUGGGUCAUACCUGACCCAAAACUCCGCGACCACGUCAAAAUAUCAUUGGCUAGUAAGAUUAUUUCGAUAUAUCAAGCGUUUUACGAGACGUAUCGGGGAGAAUUGGACAUCGGAACAGAGUCAAUUGUCCGAUUUGCCCCCGAUGAUUUACAAAAUUACUUAUCGGAUUUAUUUCAUGGUGCUUGUUUUUCGGAUUCUAGUAUGGGGUGGAGCGGGUCAUAUUCACCGUCCGUGUCAACAUCAACAUCACAAGGUCGAUAAAUUAUGUGUAUUUGAAAGUUUACGAGACAAAAGAGAAGAGUUUGUGUAGAUAAAACAAAAAAAAAAUGAU